GAGGCCUCGGAGCCUCGCCUCGCUAGAGCGGCGGCGGGGAGGGCAGGGCAGUGCCUGUAACUGGAAACCGGAGACUGCACCGUCACCGCGCCGCCGCUUUCCAUUCACUCCUAGGUGCUUAAUUGAGGGCUGGGGAGAAGCGCUCCUGCUGCCUUAGGAGUCCAGAUACAAGGAUUAUUUUACAAAAGAGCCGGGAGUACCUUUGCAGCCACCGGGAAGAGAGACUUUUCCUUAUUUUAAUUUUUUUUUUUUUUUUUAAUAUUCUCUCUCCUCCCCACUAAAUGAGACGGGUUUGGAAUUAAAAUAUUCUGCUAAGAGGAGUGGAGUCGGUAAACUGAGAGAAACCAGAUAAAAAUCUCUAUUACUGGUCCCUCCAAUAGAUUUUGUUUCUUGGAUACUAACUUGCAAAACUGAAGAGAUGGCAUUUCUUGCACUGCACGUGUUGACUGGGAUAUUUAUUUACUUUAGCAGUGUAAAAGGAUCUUCCCAGCCUCAAGCAAGGGUGUUUCUAACAUUCAAUGAGCUGCAAGAAACUAAGACCUCUGAAUAUCACAGAAUAUCCCACAGUCCCCUGGAUUACAGGAUAUUGUUAAUGGAUGAAGAUCAGGAUCGGAUCUAUGUGGGCAGCAAAGAUCAUAUUCUGUCUUUGAAUAUUAAUAAUAUAAGCCAGGACCCUCUCAGUAUUUUCUGGCCAGCGUCAGCAAGCAAGGUUGAAGAGUGCAAAAUGGCUGGCAAAGAUCCUACACAUGGUUGUGGAAAUUUUGUGCGUGUGAUCCAGUCGUACAACCGCACACACCUGUACGUCUGCGGCAGCGGCGCCUUCAGCCCUGUCUGUGUUUAUGUGAACAGAGGGCGCAGGUCCGAGGAACAAACCUUCAAGAUCGACUCCAAGUGUGAAUCAGGAAAGGGACGCUGUUCUUUCAACCCCAAUGUGAACACUGUGUCUGUUAUGAUCAAUGAAGAGCUGUUUUCAGGAAUGUAUAUUGAUUUCAUGGGGACAGAUGCAGCCAUUUUUCGGAGUCUGACCAGGAGGAAUGCAGUGCGAACCGACCAGCACAACUCCAAGUGGCUGAGUGAGCCUAUUUUUGUGGAUGCUCAUGUUAUCCCAGAUGGCACUGACCCCAACGAUGCCAAAAUCUACUUCUUCUUCAAAGAAAGACUCACAGACAACAGUGGCAGCACAAAGCAAAUUCAUUCAAUGAUUGCAAGAAUCUGCCCAAAUGACACAGGUGGUCAGCGUAGUCUUGUAAACAAGUGGACAACAUUCUUGAAAGCAAGACUUGUGUGCUCAGUAAUGGAUGAAGAUGGAACAGAAACGUACUUUGAUGAACUAGAGGAUGUGUUUCUUUUAGAGACAGAUAACCCCAGAACAACACUUGUGUAUGGAAUCUUCACAACAUCAAGCUCCAUAUUUAAAGGCUCAGCUGUGUGUGUGUAUCAUCUAUCUGACAUCCAGACUGUGUUCAAUGGGCCGUUUGCACACAAGGAGGGCCCAAACCACCAGCUGAUUCCAUAUCAGGGCAGAAUCCCGUACCCAAGACCUGGCACUUGUCCAGGAGGAGCCUUCACACCUAAUAUGCGAACAACCAAAGAGUUUCCAGAUGAUGUUGUGACCUUCAUCAGAAAUCACCCUUUGAUGUUUAAUCCCAUUUACCCAAUACACAAGAGGCCAUUAAUCAUCCGGAUAGGAGCAGACUACAAGUACACAAAGGUUGCUGUGGAUAGAGUGAAUGCUGCUGAUGGAAGAUACCAUGUCUUGUUUCUCGGAACAGAUCAAGGAACCGUGCAAAAAGUUGUUGUCCUGCCCACCAACUUCUCUGCAAGUGGAGAACUCAUUUUAGAAGAGCUGGAGGUUUUUCAGAGUAAUACUCCUAUAACAACAAUGAAGAUUUCAUCUAAAAAGCAACAGCUGUAUGUGAGCUCAGAUGAAGGGGUCACCCAGGUGUCCUUGCAUCGCUGCCACAUCUAUGGGACCGCCUGUGCUGACUGCUGCCUGGCCCGAGACCCCUACUGUGCCUGGGAUGGCAACUCCUGCUCCAGGUUUUAUCCCACAGGGAAAAGGAGGAGUCGUCGGCAAGACGUGAGGCAUGGAAACCCUCUGACUCAGUGCCGAGGUUUCAACCUGAAAGCGUACAGAAACGCUGCAGAAAUAGUUCAGUAUGGAGUGAAAAACAACACCACCUUUCUUGAAUGCACACCCAAAUCUCCUCAGGCUUCUAUUAAAUGGCUGCUACAGAAAGACAAUGACAGGAGGAAAGAGGUCAAGCUGAAUGAGAGGAUCAUAGCUACUGAACAAGGACUCCUCAUCCGCUCUGUCCAAGACAGUGACCGGGGGCUUUACCACUGCAUUGCAACAGAGAACAACUUCAAGCAGACCUUAGCAAAGAUCAAUUUCAAAGUGUUGGAUUCAGAGAUGGUGGCUGUCAUGACUGACAAGUGGUCCCCUUGGACUUGGGCCAGCUCAGUCCGAGCACUACAGUUCCACCCCAAGGACUUUGUGGGAGCUUUCAGCCACUCAGAAAUGCAGAUGAUUAACCAGUACUGUAAAGACAGUAGACAGCAGGGGCAGCAAAGGGAAGAACCCCAGAAGAUGAGAGGGGACUACAGCAAACUAAAAGCCCUUAUAAAUAGCAGGAAAAGUAGAAAUAGAAGGAAUCAAUUACCUGGUUCUUAAGUUUUAUUUAACAGUAAUAGAUUCUGUCCUCACUGUAGGGGGCUUAUAUUUGUCUAUUGAGAACAAAUUUGAGCAAAUCUGAUUUUAAGAAAAAAUGAAAAUCCAACAAGCCUCAGAAAAGAUCCUUCUCACGGUAAAAUGCAGCGUAACUUAUCUAAUGAUAAUUCAGAGCAUUUUCUUUCCUAGAUGCUUACUGACACUAGGUUAGGCUCUGUCCUAGAGGCAGAACUGGGUAUUCAUCUUGAACCAGAUUCAUCUUUGAGAUCUAAGUAUUUAAUUACAGUUAAUUAGAAAAUUUUACAAAAUGGAUACAUUUUCUUGGAACUAUGGUACUGUACCAAGCAGACUAGUGAAAGAAUCUGACUUAAGAUGCAUGCUCAAAGUGGGAUGGUACUAAGAUUUCCUUGCACUGCAGAACUUGGGUUUUCUUUCUAUUUACUGUUCAGUAUUUGGUUUACAGCUUUGACUCCUUGUUCAAAUCAUGUGAAUGCAUGCUAAUAGGGAGCAAGUAAAGUAUAGUAGAAAUGUUCCAUUUGUUAAGUAAUCCUACAGAGGUCAAAUGAAGGAACAAGUAGAAGAGAAACACCAAAAAAAUAAUUAUACCUUAUCAGAAGAAACACUGAUUACUGUGCAUAGUAUGAGUUGUAAUAAAUUCAUGAGUUCUGGAAUGUAGCUUAAAAUAUCUCUGCACAUACUGGUUUUUAUUAAAAUAGGCUAUCCUCUAACAUUACAUAGCUUUAUAAGUGGCACAAAACUUACAUGAGAAUGUUCCAUACACAUACAAUUUUGCAAAACACCUAAGUGACAUAGGUAUUUUGGAUACUUUUCAAGAAACUACACUCCAAUGUUUUUCAAAGGACAGAAUGUGGGUAUACUUUUUACACAGAAACAAAAUAAAUACAGAUUAUGCUUAACCUGUUCCAUGAUUAAAUUGGAGCUGAUCUGCAGUGUGAAAACAAGUCAUGAGUGUCUCUGAAAAUUUUCAAAACAUUAUUUUUUCAACUAUUUUCUCAAAAAGCAAAUAUUCUAACUAGAAUUUUUAAAUUAAACCAUUUUAGUUUUUAGACUUUAUACCCUUUCCUUUUCAAUUUUCAUGAUUUCCUAUCAUUUUCAGUUUUCUGCUGAAAAGAUCAAGAAAAGAAAAGAAAAAAAAAAAAAGUAUGAGGGAAAAACAAAAGUGACAAAUGGGCUAGGAUCAAAAACCAAAAAGUGUAACAACUUGAGAAGCAUGUUUAAACAGAAAUAUUUUUGUUUAGAAAGCAGCAGUUCUUAAGAAGUAUAUUAUUAGUUGAAAAUUGUGUAAAUGUGCAUCAAGCCAUCCUGGGAUAAACUAUCUUUUUUUUGGGGGGGGAAACACUAGUGCCAAAAACAAAGGACAAAACUGCCUCGUUUUACUAUGUAAGAGUAUUCUGGAAGUGGAUGAGCCUGUUCAAAGAGAUAGAAAACAAGGAUUUAAAAUGUAUGAAUAUCUUUUAAAAAUGGUAGUAUAUUAUUUGAAACUUUAUGAUAAUAUACAAAAAUAUUAACUAAUGUUCAUCUUAAAACUGAGCUACAUUUAGCUAUUUAGCUAAAAAAAAGAAAAGUAAAUUUCUCAGAAAAAGAAAAAAAGAGUAAAAAUAAUUUCUGAUUCCAGAGAAGGUAAGAAAAAAUAUUUUUUAAAAGAUGUUAGUUCAGCCGGUCACAGAUGAAUACUGUAUUUUAAAACAUAGUUUUAAACAUUGUAAUGGGUCUUUGUUGAAACUAUUUGAGCACUAUUUUGAUUCUGCUUCUAUUAGAAUACUCUGGGAGUAACUCUACAGGGUACAGGAGAACACCUCUGGGAUUGUGUCAGUGUGAAUUAAGAUCUAGUGCAGUGUUGGUAGCUCUGGUAUUUACCUGAUGUCAGUGAAAUGUGUCACUUUAUCACCACCUGGUGCAGAAUAUCUGGGAAAUGGGCCAUGAUUGAUCAAACCACUUAAACACUAAGUCCCUUUCUUGCUAAUGGAAGCUCUUUGAGUUUAAUUUCUGUGCUUACUGCUUGCCUCAAAGCAAUGAGGGCAAUGGCAGCCUGCUCAUAUUUUGCCAUCUAGUAAAGUGCUUCCCUUAAGUAAGACCUGAAUUCUUAUUUCUGAAAUAUGUAGCCACUGGUAUCUAAGAUUCUUAUGGAAGCCAUUGGGAAACUUGGAAAAGGUUGAGGAUCUUUCUGUUUGACUUCAGUGAGCUUGGAUCUGGCCCCAAGAGCUGUCAAAGUGGACUGUAGGAAAA